UGUGUGCAUCUUCUUCUGUUCAAGUCCAAUGCCAACCGUUUGUAGAAUUGCCUCAAAGGGAAUAAAAAAACAAAAGCGUAUUUGAAAAGGAAAAUAAAGAGAGGUAGUGAGGUACGAAGAAGAUAGGUUGUUGUGAUACACGUUUGUAUUGUAUGGUAUAUGGUUAUGGGAAGCAGUAACAUCAACGUGGUGCUUCAUCACGGGUCAAUGUUGCCCCAAGAAACUGUAGCUUCUCAACUGAGACCUGCGAGAGUAUUUGCAAGCUUUCAUUCGUUUUCUGCAACUUGGGCUAUCACCAAUAGAGCCAGGAAAUGCAGCUGCAAGUGGAAACGGCUUGUCAGAAGCUGCUCCAUAAGCGAGUUUGUUGUUGCCAGUGAUGAAAACUAUGGUAAUAAGCAAGUUGUUAGUCUCACUCCCCGCUUGUACGAUUAUGUCCUCAAAAAUGUUAGAGAACCAGAGAUUCUAAGGCAACUGCGAAAGGAGACGGCCUCUUUGCGAGGAAGUCAGAUGCAGGUGUCUCCUGAUCAGGCACAACUGCUUGCAAUGCUUGUGCAGAUUCUUGGAGCAGAACGGUGUAUUGAAGUUGGUGUUUAUACCGGUUACUCAUCAUUAGCCAUAGCAUUAGUCCUGCCAGAAUCAGGUCGUUUAGUUGCCUGUGAAAGAGAUGCCAAAUCUCUUGAUGUUGCCAAGAAGUAUUAUCAGCUAGCUGGUGUUUCACAUAAGGUGGAUGUAAAACUUGGACUUGCAGCGGAUUCCCUAGAAUCUUUAAUUCUGAAUGGUGAAGCAGGAAGCUAUGAUUUUGCAUUUAUUGAUGCCGAGAAAAAGAUGACUGAGAAGUAUUUUGAACUGCUAUUACAACUGGUGAGGGUUGGAGGUCUUAUUGUAAUUGAUAAUGUCCUUUGGCAUGGAAAAGUUGCUGACCCAUUGGUAAAUGACUCUAAAACUAUCAGCAUUAGAAAUUUUAAUCAACAGUUAAUGGAAGACAAGCGUGUAAGCAUCAGUAUGGUACCUAUUGGAGAUGGGAUGACAAUCUGCCGAAAAAGAUGACCCAUUUUUUAAGAAUUUAUUGUUAUGUUGUAGAUUAAAGAGACACAAACUCAUGGCAGAACCAAGAAUACUUGUUGAAAGAAGCUCAUGGAGAAUAUAGUUGAGUAGAAUGCUUUCAUUGGAUAACUUAGCAGGUGUACAAGAAAUCAUUGUGCAGCAAACAGAUUGUGCAAGAGUUUGUGAUUAUCUGCUUUAUAGUGGUUAAAUGUAAUUUUUAUCCUAUGAUUAAUUUGAGUUGCAUUAUAAUACGUUUCUUUGAAGAAGGAAAUGCAACUAUGAAGGGUUGUAC